GGGGAAGCAAGUUAAACAAACAUCUAUUUCUAUUCCGAGUCUAAUAAAUUCACCUUGAGUCGUCUCUCAUCAUGGCAAGGAAGGCAUUGGCACAAAAUCAGAUUGUGAAGCUCAUAGUGGGCGCUGGCCAGGCCAGCCCCAGUCCUCCCGUUGGUCCAGCUCUGGGUAGUAAGGGUGUCAAGAGCAUGGACUUUUGCAAGGAGUUCAAUGCCCGCACAGCACACAUCCAAACCGGCACCCCAGUCCCCGCGCGUGUGACCGUCCGUCCCGAUCGUUCGUUCACUUUUGACCUCCGCACUCCCACUACUUCCUGGCUGCUCUUGCAGGCUGCAAACGUUGAGCCGCGCAAGAACCGAGUCCGUGGCGCUAUUAGCCCCGGGCAUGAGAGCAUCGGCCAAGUGUCGUUGAAGCACGUCUACGAAAUUGCGCAGAUCAAACAGUCUGAGCUGCGGUUAUCGGGAUUGACCAUGGAAGGACUGUGUAAGAGCGUGAUUUCGCAGGCCAAGUCGAUGGGUAUCAAGGUCAAUCCAUAGACGGAGGGAUAUACUGGACAUAAUGUGCACCGAGGCAGCUGGUUUGGAUGAUAUUCGGCCCUUGGGUUAUGACGCUGGCGUUUGUUUGGGAUGGAAAUUUUACUACUGUAUUAUAGAUUUGCAUACGAUAUGAUUGAGCGUGUCUUGUUACGGGUCGUGGUUAAACCAAUUUCCUGUAUUGAAUGGCUGUCCUGGCGCAGCACACGUUUGAUGUACCCCGGAGUACAAACGAAAUCUGACACAAGACGUACUCCGUCCAUUAGACUUUUGUUGUCUGGGGUACAUUCCGUACAUAUUCCCGGGAAAUUGGAAUGUCGACUGGCAGGUUUCCGCGCGGCCGUGCAAUUGGUGUACGAUGCUUCCGGUCUCUUUUCAUAAGCAUCAUCCUUGGCAGCUAUGAAGCUGAUGUGAGUCCACGUAAUCCAUUCAAGUCUCU